AUGUCAUUGCCUAGUUCACCUCAUUCAUCAACAAUUACUUUGUCAACUAAAACUUUCUCUAAUUCUAAUUUUUUUUCCGUUGAUCAUAGUCAAUCAUCAGCUCCUAUGACCACUUGUCCUUCAAUCACCGGUUCUAAUUCAUUAUUAUCUACAAAAAAAUAUACAUCUGAACGAAUAAAAUUACUGCUGAAACAACAAACAUCAACAUAUACCGUUAUUAAAAAUGAAAAAACAAAUUCUUCGUUAUGUUGGAAAGUUUUCGGAUUCCCAGCUAAAAAGUCAGAAGCUACCGAUGAAUAUGAGAAAAUCGAGGGUUUUACAAGUUGUCAAACAUGCAAUCAAACAUUUGCUUAUACACCAUGUAGUGGUACUCGAAAUAUGCUUGCUCAUCAAUGUGUAAAAAAUUUAACAAAUAACAACAUUCUCAACAUCUUCAUUCACUUAACUAAAACUUAA